GUCGCACUUAUUGCACGGUACCCACUGCGAAUUCUGCCGCCUUUUGUUUACCUCUACACGGACGCUAAGCGAACCGGACCAAUUGCCAGUUGUUGUUUGGGUGUACCACGUGCCGGUUGUUGUUCGUUGGAUCGUCAAAUUGUGCUGUGCAGUUUUCAGUUUCUGGUUCGUGCCGAUAGGAAGACAGUUGAAAACGUUCGAUCUGAUUGCGAAUGAUGGCGAACAACUAUCAAAACCAGGCGGCCCCGAGUGACAAUCAGCCCGGCAGGGGCGCACUGCCGAUACGUCCGGGCGAUCUGCCGGCGAUGUCGAAUAUCGUACCCACGGGCCAGUGGUGGUACCCGGGCGCUCAGAAUCCGCUCGACAGCACGCUACAGCAGCAGCAGUGGCAACAGCAACAGCUCCAACAGCAGCAGUUGCAGCAACAGCAGCUUCAACAGCAGCAGAUGCAGCAGCAGAUUCACCAGCAGAUGCAGCAACAUUUACAACAGCAGCUCCAGCAACAGCAACAGCAGCAACAGCAGCAGCACCAAGGCGAGCAACGGGCUCCAACUCAUUCCGCGCCACCGGUUAAUACUCCGCAGCGCAAGAUGGUUACUCCCGCCAAAGUGAAGGACAAUAAGCCGAAGGGUCGCUUGACCGCGUACAAUUACUUUCUGCAAACGUGCCGCGAUGAGCACAAGAAGCAGCACCCGGACGAGCAGGUGAUCUUUGCGGAGUUUUCCCGCAAGUGCGGCGAACGGUGGAAAACGAUGCUGGAGAGCGAGAAGCAGCGCUUCCACGAGAUGGCCGAGAAGGACAAGCAGCGGUACACGCUGGAAAUGCAGAGCUAUGUUCCGCCGCAGGAUUCGCCGGGUGCCGGGCGCGGCAAGAAGCGCAAGCAGGCGAAGGAUCCGAAUGCACCGAAACGUGGAUUGACGGCGUUCUUCCUGUACUGCAACGACGAGCGGAACAAUGUGAAAGCCCUCAAUCCGGACUUUAGUGUCGGUGACGUCGCGAAGGUACUGGGCCGCCAGUGGUCCGCCUUGGACACGGAAGUGAAGCAGCGCUACGAGCAACAGGCCGAGAAAGAGAAGCUGCGCUACGAAGAGGAACUUUCGGAGUACAAGAAGCAGCUUCAUGGUGUUGGCACGGGCGGCGUUCAUCAUCCUCACGACGAUGACGAGGAUGAAGAGGACAGCGAUGAGGAUGAUAUCGAGUAGACGAGGCCCGACGGCAGAAGCAUCCUAAUUCUUCUCGUAUUCAAGGCUGCGGUGAUCUCAGCAAGCUACUUCACGAUAAAGUGCCAAACAAAAACGAAGGGAAACCGAAUAUUGAAUUGAAAUUUGAAUAAACACUUAGAAA